UCCGUCUCUCAGGCACACCAUGUCUCAGUGAAGGGGAUUCACCGUAACCAGCUGUGGCUUAUUGUGAUUCUCACCUCCGUCACUCUCUGCUCCCCGCAAGGAAACGUUCCUUUUUCUCCUCAUCAUUUCAUAGAUUUUUUUUUUCUCCAGUGGCAUUUUAAAGCUGUCAACCAGACCUGUGGAAGGUACUCUCAAGAGGCACUGAGAGACAGAGAGCGUAGGAUAAGUUUUACUCCAGCUCAAAAGACACCUUUCUUUUUUUUCAGAUCUCGGAUUCAUUCACCUUUUGAUUGACAGACUUUUUUACUAUGGUAAACUAAAGAUAGUGGUAUUAUAGCACAGGAUUUUUCUAACCCAAACUCAAUUUUUUUUUAUUUAUCUCAAUUCAAAUGCAAAGAAUCACCAGAUUCCCUGAAGAUUCUGUGUGGACUUUAAUGGCUCUAGAGAUACCUGCAGUAUGUGUGAAAUUUGGGGGACCAGAGUGAGCAAGGUGAUGGUUCAACGGGCAAACGGAGCUAGAUGCUAAAUUUUUCUGUUCAGGCUGCCAGUCUGUCUGCGGCUUACAAUCAAGCGAUGACCACUGUAUCCAUGAAACCCCUGCUGGUCCUGGUGGAGUGGAUCCCCAACGCCACCGACUCGCCUUUUGACUCUGCCCCUUCCUCUUCUGAAAACACAGCCGCCACCUUCACCAUAGGCUGUAUACUCUCCCUCAUGUGUCUGGUCGGCGUUUCCGGAAACAUCUACACCCUCGUGGUCAUGUGUCACUCCAUGCGUUCUGCAGCGUCCAUGUAUAUUUACAUCAUCAACCUAGCCUUGGCGGAUCUGCUCUAUCUGUUGACCAUCCCGUUCGUGGUCUGCACGUACUUCCUGAAAGGUUGGUAUUUCGGCGAUGCUGGUUGCAGGAUUCUGAUCAGUAUGGAUUUCCUGACAAUGCACGCCAGCAUUUUUACGCUGACCAUCAUGAGCACGGAGAGGUACUUUGCCGUGCUGAAACCGCUGGACACAGUCAAACGGUCCAAGAGCUACCGCAAAGCCAUUGCGGUGCUUGUAUGGGUGGCUUCCCUGGUCCUUACUUUACCUAUGAUCCUCAGGAUUCAGAUGAUGAUGGUAGGUAGCAAGGCCAUGUGCCAGCCGACCAUCUCUCCGCUGUCCUAUAAGGUGUACAUCACUUUCCUGUUCUGUACCAGCAUCGUGGCUCCGGGGAUGAUCAUUGGCUUUCUCUACAUCGGGCUGGCUCGCACCUACUGGAUCUCUCAGACAGAAACCUUCAAACAAACCAAGAAACUACCAAACCAGAAGGUCCUCUACCUGAUCUUUACCAUCGUCCUGCUGUUCUGGGCCUGUUUCCUGCCCUUCUGGAUCUGGCAGCUCCUGGGUCAGUUCCACCCCUCCAUCGACCUCUCCACCAAGGCCAAGCGCAACAUCAACUAUCUGACCACCUGCCUCACCUACUCCAACAGCUGCAUCAACCCUUUCCUCUACACGCUGCUCACCAAGAACUACAAGGAGUACCUGCGGAAACGUCAACGUACCUGCACCGCGGGCAGCUACUUCAACCGGAGGAACCGGUUCCAGCGCUCGCCCAGGAGGUCGCUGUCCUCCAGCAGCCAGCAGUGCACGGAGAGUUUCAUACUCACACACACGCCAUCACAGCGCACCAUGCACAACAACAGCCUGUGAGGUUCAGAGGGGACAGGAGGAAAAGGAGAAAGAGAAAGGAGUGGACAUAGCAGAUCCUACUGCUUAAACUCGUCAUCAUGGAACUAGAAAGAGGAAGACGAUGAGGUGAAGGAGGGGGAUAAGGAGGGAAGAAAGUGCAGUGCACUCAGCAGACCUCACUCGUUCUUUAGAGGAAGAAGCAAGAUGAAUCUGGAUGCUUCUUGGACUAAUGUAAAGACGUAACAAUCUUAAUUUGCCCUCCAAACCAGCCUCCACUGAGCGACGGCAGUGACUUCAACACAAACAAGAACCAUAGAGCUUGACAGCUCUUGGCCAAGAUUCAAUUCAGAACGAAAAAGUGUAGGCCAUAUAGAAAUAAUGACACGAAUUGAAAAUCAUUAAACAAAAUAAUAAGUAUUAAUAUCGGCCUAACCAAGGUGUAGAUUGCAUCACACAUUCCAGUGUUUGAACUUGUAAAACAGCUGUACAGGAGUUCUACUCCCUGUGAUAAUUAUAUCGCUGGGAGCCGCUUGUGGAUUUGACAGCUCCAUACCAGUUACACCGCCUAAACAAAAGCAAUGAUACGUUAUGUGUUUGUUGUUCACCACGGGUUACUGUUGAUCUGAUUGAAUAUUGUCCCUUGUUUCUUUACGCUUGUUUAUAAAACACACGCUAUGUUCUCAGCAUCCUGUUUAGGUUGUGUGUGUCACGCACAGACUUCCUGUGGAUGACUGUUUCAGACAGACAUUUUGGGGAGUGUCAGACAUUCUCCCUUUACAUUAAUCCCGUGCGGCGCUCCAUCAGAAACCCUGUUCAAUCUGUCACACAAUUUGAAAACUUUGGGCCACAAGUGUUUAAGCCCAUCUCUAUGUAGUGUCGGGAUUUUCUGCUCUUUUGAGUUCACAUUAUUUUUGUUUAUUCCAAAUUCAGUUAUUCAUAGAACAAAACGAGGACAAUGUUCUAUAUCGAAGUUGAUUCAGUUUAAUUGACAUUCUGUUUUUCUUCUGUGCAGGUUGUACAUGUUUCAUGUUGAGGGAGACAAUGAAAUAUAUAUUUUCUGCUUUUGUUCUGUUCAAUCAGAAAAGUUUUGUGUGUAUGACUCUGGGUGGGCUCAUGUAUGCAGGUUUUCAUCAAUCAACAAUGUUGUCAAUUACUAAGUACAGAGGGAGAAAAAAAGUUAUUAAUGAACAAACAAAGAUGAGACUCUUUACUAUAAGCCUUCAACCGUUUGGUUAACACAAUACUCUUUUCUUCAAAGACCCACGCCAAUCACACCAGGAAGACUGAAACUGACAGUUCUAAUAUAAUGUCAGUGAAGGAACAAUUCAGCAAGAUGCGUCCGAGCCAAAGGACUAUGAAAGGGCUUCAACUGUGGCAGAUCGAGGUUUGACAUAUGCUUUCUGAAUAUAUCGUAUCUGAUUACAUCAAUCAGGCGAAGUGUUACAGAACUAAUUUGUUUAAAAUCAAGACAAGGGUAGAAUUCUGUUUUUAAAGACAUUUACCGAACAAGAUACAUUUGUUGGCAAAUGAAAUAUAUGGACGCUGUACAUUUUUCAGUCGUCGUGAUUGUUGUUGAUGUUGUAAUUGUAAUGUCUUUGCAAAAAUGCUAUCGUUUACGCAACUAUCCAAAUUCCUUUGCAUGUCAGGCUGUCUAAUAUGCAGACAAAAUCAUAUUUACCCAUGGCACAUGCGCGCACGCACACACACACACACACACACACACACACACAAGAGCCCUGCACAGGCCCAAUCGCUUCUGCCAAAUGUAAGGCAGAAAUAACUUCAUUAUUACGUAAAUCCAUUAGCUACUCCUCUCUAUGUGUCACCCGCUCCCUGCGCGCAGCUCACUCUGCAUGCAUUCUGGUUCUGUCGGCUCUGCGUGUGUGUAUUUCCAUAGCAACGUCUCCGCAGCCACAAAGUUAUAAACCAGCCUAUUUUUAAAUCUUAUAUUAAACCUAACCCUAAACUUAACUCUAACGUUAACCACACUACUAACAUUAUGCCCAACCCUAACCUUAAAUUAAGACCAAUAAACACAUUUUUGUUUUCAUGACUUCUUACGAUAUAGACAAUUUUUGUUUUUUGGCUGUAUUAUCUAAGAGAGAACUUUUGCUUGGCCUGCUCUGCUCAAUUACCAGACAUUAGAGAGCACUUAACUGUCAGCUAGCUACUUUUUGUCAAUCUAAACAACGACAAAACCAAAUAAACAUUUUCUGUGAAAGCACUUCUGACACCAUGUUAUGAUCUUACUAAGAUAUGUCCAUACCGCGCAGCAGAGCAGGUGAUCAAUUUAGUGAUACCCGUGCCCCACCUGUACCUUAGUUAUUGGCGACAACAGGCCCUACCCAUCCCUAACAUGAUGUGGAAUGUCAGGACCCGUCGGGCUCAUGUCGGAUAGCAGAGCUCUAACACACACCUCCAGGGAGAUGCACUUGGCUUUUCACAGGGCAGACAUCUGUGCCUGGAGACUGAUAACAACUCUAGCAGACCCUGCUCCAGUCUACUGCUUAACAUGUUAAAGGAGAAGUUUUCUUUUUUUACAACCAAAUCUCUAUUUCUGAUGGAAAUGGCAUGUUAUAGAAUGUUCCAGACACAUUUUUUUAUGAUUUCACUUGUUUUUAAUGUUGUACACAUGAAAUGGUGUCAUUCUGAACUUUUGCGCAUACAUUUCGGAAUGACACACCUUUAUGGGCGGCAGCGUAGCCUAGUGGUUAGAGCAUUGGACUAGUAACCGAAAGGUUGCAAGUUCGAAUCCACAAGGUACAAAUCUGUCGUUCUGACCCUGAACAAGUCAGUUAACCCACUGUUCCUAGGCCGUCAUUGAAAAUAGGAAUUUGUUCUUAACUGACUUGCCUAGUUAAAUAAAGGUAAAAAAAAAUGUAUACCACAUUUAAAUACCUGCAUCACUAUACUGAGAGUUCUGCUGUUUCUAAAAGGACGUUUUACAUUUUGACUUUGUUAAUGUUUUUUGAUUCACGGUUUGGGGUAAGUUUCUAAAAAACUGAAAGUGAAAUCACAAAAAAGUUAUAGUUUGUGCGACUCGAGCCAUUUCCAGUACGCAGGUGUGCAAGCCGGGUGUAUGUACUAUUUUAUUUUAUUUGAUAAAAAAACGAGUGAAAUCACAAAAAAAGGUGACUGCACCCUUCUAUAACAUGCCAUUCACAUCAAAAAUGUUGAUUUGGUUGUAAAAAAGAGAGCUUUUCAUUUCAUGUUUUUGUCAUAUCGGGAACCAAGAUGUUUUCUAUAUUUCCUUCUGGCUAACACAAAUAACAUAGCUGUAUUGCGCUCUUUGGCUCCGAUUUGCUCCCUUGAUCACACCCAUACACACACACACACACACACACACACACACACACACACAGAGAAAUGUACACACACACCUCUUUUGUGGUGGCAAAUACUCUCAGAUGGGAUAUUCACUUUUGAGUCGCUCCCCAUUUGGAAGAGUGGAAAUGUAAACAGCUUAGUUUUGGGUCAGGGCCAGGACCAGGGCCACAAACACACACACACCCUGAUCAAAUGCUGAUUGUUUUCUUUUUCCUAUUGUUGGGCUUAGUCAGUUUGCUUUGCUGGUGUAAACGUGUUGCUUCAGUUCCUGCCAUACUUUAUUUAAGACAACCGCCAGCACUGAGCUGUGUCCAUCUACAAUAUGAGCACUUAUUAAAAAGAACUCUGUUUAACUCC